AUGGUGGUCUCUUCAGAAACUAGUGAUGAUUCCAGAUCCACAGAGCCGAUAUCCGGUCCUCGGAUCUCAUUCUCAGCUGAUUUCCUCGACGACAAGAAUUUCAUCUCCAUAAGUCCAAGCAGAAUCAUUCCAAAAGCUCCUCAAGAAAAGGAUAGUAGAGGUCGGAAUGUAGAUUUUGAGUUUCUUUCUAAUGAAUCAGCUCCUUCUACUAACAUGAUCGCAGCAGACGAGCUGUUUUUCGAAGGAGCAGGAAUAAAGAAGGAAGCACAUCAAGCGACGGAAACUAGUAGAAUGAACUGGUUUACAGACGAAGACCCAUCUCCAAGACCACCAAAAUGUACACUUUUAUGGAAAGAAUUACUGAGGUUAAAGAAACAGAGAGCAUCAACAUUAUCACCAUCUUCAUCUUCAUCAUCAUCAUCUUCUUCUUCGUCUUCGAAUUCGGGUAUGGAUAUGGAAGCGGAUGCUGCCGAUACUAUUGUCACUGAGUCUGAAUUACGUCACUGCAUUCUUGCCGGCCUAGAUAUUGCAUAUGAUGCCAUUGUUACCUCUCUUACAACUUCCAUGGGAGCCAUGAAACUAGAGGAUUUUAUCACCUAUCUUCUCACGUAUGAACUUUGUAUUGAGAACCAAGCAAAGUCACUGCAUUAUCAGCCUGUAGAUAACGUUGCAGCAUCCGGCCCAACUCUUUCAGCUGCUUCCAGCUUCUCUCGUCCAGCUGCUUCCAAUUUUUCACGUCCUCCUACUCGGUCCAGUCCAUCUUCGGCCCAGCAAUUCUCCUCCCUGUCAAGCCCAGCUCGUCCAGCUACUUCCAACACUUCGAAUCAUUCCUCUCUUCUCGGCCCAACACAACCUUACAACUCACGCACAAAUGUGCGUCUUCCCUGUCAACUAUGUGGUCGCAAGAAUCAUGAAGCUAAUGACUGUUGGAAUCGUUUCGAUCGCUCGUUUCCUCCUCCUCGACGUCAGCCACCUACCUCUGCUCCUCGUGCUUAUGCUGCUCAAACUGGUUUGUUAUCUACACCUCCGUGGACUCCUAAUAGUGGUGCUACAGAUCAUAUAACCAAUGAUCUUUCUCGUCUCCAAUUUUCUAAUGAAUAUACUGGUCCGGAUCAAAUUCAAAUGGGUAAUGGCUCUUCUAUUCCAAUCUCUAAUGUUGGAUCCUCUGUUUUGGGAACUCCCAACCGAUCGAUGUAUCAGGAAGGUUCUUCUUCGUGGCAGUAG